CGCUUAUGUCAGUUGUGAAAUAGAAGUGGUCGGUUUGAUAAAAGAUUGGUUGAUAUGGACGUGGUUGAGCUACCUUAUAAAGUGGAGUACGCCAGGACUGGUCGUGCCGGGUGUAAAGGAUGCAAAACCAACAUCGGUCAAGGUUCUGUGCGCAUUGCAGCAAUGGUCCAGUCUGCUUUUCACGAUUCAAAGCAGCCAAACUGGUACCACGAAUCCUGUUUCUUCAAGAAACAACGUCCGCUAUCGGUCGGGGAUAUACAGAACAUAGAAAAUAUGCGUUUUGAAGACCAAGAACGUAUCCGAAAGAAAGUUGAGGAGAAUGUUUCCGUUGUGCCUGCAGCGGGGUCAAAAAACAGCAAAAAACGUUCUAAGGCGGAAGCAGCAGCUAGCAAAGAUUUUGGAAUAGAAUAUGCGAAAUCUGGAAGAGCUGCAUGUCGUGGAUGCGAGCUUAAAAUUCUUAAAGACCAAGUUCGCGUUCGCAAGACGGUAUUUGAUACCGAAGUCGGUAUGAAAUAUGGAGGUCAACCAUUGUGGCACCAUGUGGAGUGUUUUGCGCAGUUAAGAAGCGAAUUGGGCUGGUUUGAUUCUGGAAAAAAUUUGCCUGGUUUUGAGGGCCUUCAAGACGAGGAUAAAGAAAUUGUGCUGAAAGCUUUGCCUGGUAUAAAGUCUGAAGAUGUGCCAGAUGCUAAAAAGCCGAAACUCGAAAAAUUGGACUCUGAAGAUGUUAAAUCAGAAAAAGAGCUUAUAAAAACCAUUAAGGAACAAUCGAAGAAAUUGUUCAAAUUUCGAGACAGCGUUAAAGAAGAAAUGAGCAAAGGCGAUAUGGUCACAUUGUUGGAAAAUAAUAAUCAGGAACCUGUAUCUGGGGAUACAGAAAAACUUCUUGAUCAAAUCGCCGAUCUUUUAACAUUUGGAGCUAUUGCACCAUGCCCAGAAUGCAAAGGUCGUCAGCUUCUGUUCCAGAAAUCAGCGUACGUAUGCAACGGAGAUUUGACAGAAUGGACAAAGUGUUCAAAUAGCGUAAAAGAACCAGCAAGAAAUCCAUGCAAAAUUCCACCACAUUUGAAAAGCCAAUACAAAUUUCUUAAAAACGUGAACAAAACGAUAGAAAAUCGUGCAAUACGCUACAUACCUCCAAGUGCUACUACAAUAAGUAAAUCUAUAACUAUUAAAAAAGGAGAUGAAUUAGAUGGGCCCAAAGUAAAACGCGAACGUCCUCCACUUUACAAUUUGGAGUUUGCCCAUAUUGGUUUAAAAAGUUCUGAGAAUGACAUAAAGCAACGUUUGAUGGCUCUUGGUGGAAAGCUUGAUUCAAAGAUAACUGAGAAAACAAUUGCUGUAUUUUCCACAACAAGCGAAAUUAAAGGUAUGGGUAGCCGCAUGAAACAAGCCAAGAAAUUGGGAAUACAUGUUAUACCCAUAGAAUACAUCGACAAUGUUGAAUCAAAUAAUGCUGGUGCUAUUAAUUACAUCAGCAGUAUGACAUUAUGCGAUUGGGGUACGGAUCCAGCAGCCAGAGUACCACAAGAAACACCUAAAAGCAUGAAGUCAAAAAGCAUUUAUACAAAAUCGGUUCCAAAAUCAGUGACACUUAAAAUUAAAGAUGGUUCUGCUGUUGAUCCCGAUAGCGGUUUAGAGGACAUUGCGCACAUCUACACUUCUCGCAAUAAAGAUAAAUAUAACGUCGUGCUUGGAAAAGUUGAUUUGCAAAAGAAUAAAAAUUCCUAUUACAAACUACAACUGCUGGAAAGUGAUAACAAAAAUAAAUUUUGGGUUUUUCGAUCUUGGGGACGUAUUGGCACAACAAUUGGUGGAAACAAAUUGGAGGAUUUUUCAUCGUUAAACGCGGCAAUCGAAUCGUUUCAUUCGAAUUACUUAGAUAAAAGCGGAAACCAUUUUCAAAAUCGUGCUAACUUUGUUAAGGUUCCCAAUUGCAUGUAUCCAAUUGAUAUUGAUUAUUCGGAAAACGAUAAGAUCGAUUUGAAUGUGGAAUAUGUGGAAUCUAAAUUGCCACAAUCUGUUCAAGAGGUUAUUAAACUUAUGUUUGACGUUGACACAAUGAAACGUACAAUGAUGGAAUUUGAUUUAGAUAUGGAAAAAAUGCCAUUGGGAAAAUUAAGCCAAGCGCAAAUCAAAGCAGCAUAUAGCGUUUUAAGUGAAGUAUGCAAGCAUAUUGAGGAAGGCGGAUCGAAUGCAAGAUUUAUUGAUUGUACCAAUCGUUUUUAUACGCUGGUCCCGCAUAAUUUUGGUACAGCAAGUCCCCCUCUGUUAGACACAAAGGAACAAGUCGAGACAUUGGUUCAGAUGUUAGAUUCGUUGUUGGAAAUUGAAUAUGCUUAUAAUCUACUUCAAACAGAAAAUACGAAAGAAGAUGUGAAUCCACUUGAUAAACACUACGAGCAACUGAAAACAGCAUUGGAACCAUUGGAUAAGCAAAGUGAGGAAUUCGCUUUGCUGAAAAAAUAUGUCCAAAACACUCACGCGACUACACACAAUAUGUACGAGUUAGAGGUGAUGGAUAUUUUUAAGGUGUCUCGGCAAGGAGAAGCACGUCGUUAUAAACCUUUCAAAAAGCUCCAUAAUCGUCGUUUGUUGUGGCAUGGUUCUCGUCUCUCGAAUUUUGCGGGUAUUCUAUCACAUGGGCUUAAAAUUGCCCCACCAGAAGCACCUGUGACCGGAUACAUGUUUGGCAAGGGCAUUUAUUUCGCAGAUAUGGUUUCAAAAUCUGCCAAUUACUGUUGUACUAGCAAACAAAAUUCUACUGGCUUCAUGCUGCUUUCUGAGGUUGCCCUCGGCGAUAUGUUGGAAUGCACCGCCGCUAAGUACGUCACAAAACUACCGGCUGGCAAGCAUAGCUGCUUUGGACGUGGUCGAACGAUGCCAGAUCCCAAAGAGUCAAUUAUUCGGGAAGAUGGCGUAGAAAUUCCACUAGGCAAGCCUAUAGAUAAUGCAAAUUUAAAAUCCUCUUUACUGUAUAAUGAAUUCAUUGUUUAUGACAUUGCUCAGGUUAACAUUCAAUACAUGUUCCGUAUGAACUUCAAAUAUAAGUACUAAUAAAACAUUACGUCAUUUCUUUAUGUGUGUCAGUUAAAUGUAUGUAUGUGCUACUAAUUCAUGUAUUUUUGUUCCAAAUUGAUACAAAAUAAAAGCACUGUAAAAGCUAAUACGAAAUGUCUUGUCAAUAAAAAUUUGUGUGCAUCACCAGGGAAUGACAGAAACGGCUUAAA